UGUGACGUCACAUUCUCGCGAGAUGAGAACUAUGACGUCUGGAUUAGCUGUCCGGCAGGAGUCAAGGAGCUAGACGUUAACGGCGCUGCGGGACUUUUAAACAGCGAUCCGGGACUGCGGACAGUGUUAAGAGAAGCGGGACUGUCCCGGGAAAGGCGGGGCUAUUGGGCGUAUGAUGCUAUCCCUAUUCAGUCAAGUGUGGACCUAUGUUCCUGCCCAUCAUCUUCAAUUGUGAGAAGCUCAUCAGACUCCAGCUCUUCACCAGUCCUUGGCAGUAGACCAAGUACCAACAUGGAUGUGAGGGCUGUAGAGUCCAGAACAAAUUCAUUGCCACACCCAGGGCAGCAAGAACAACAGCACCCUCAACAGCCUCGAAAGAAGAGACCCCAGGAUUUCAAGUUUGGAAAAAUCCUGGGGGAAGGUUCUUUUUCAACAGUUGUCUUAGCCAAAGAGUUAACAACAGGAAGAGAAUAUGCCGUUAAAAUUUUACAGAAGCGGCAUAUAAUGAAGGAGAACAAGGUACAAUAUGUGAACAGGGAAAAAGAUGUUAUGUCCCGUUUGGACCACCCAUUCUUCGUCAAACUUUAUUUCACAUUUCAAGAUCCUGAAAAGCUCUAUUUUGGUCUUAGUUAUGCUAAGAACGGAGAACUACUAAAGUACAUACGAAAGAUUGGCUCAUUUGAUGAAACCUGCACAAGAUUUUAUACUGCUGAAAUUGUGUGUGCUUUAGAAUAUCUGCACGAGAAUGGAAUUAUUCACAGGGACCUUAAGCCAGAAAACAUUCUACUUAGUGAGGACAUGCACAUUCAAAUAACAGACUUUGGGACUGCCAAGGUGUCAUCGUCUGACAGCAAACAAGUGCGAGCAAAUUCAUUUGUAGGAACAGCACAGUACGUGUCACCUGAGUUACUGACUGAAAAAUCAGCAUGUAAAAGUUCAGACCUGUGGGCACUAGGAUGUAUCGUUUAUCAGCUGGUAGCAGGAUUGCCACCAUUCAGAGCUGGGAAUGAAUACCUUAUAUUUCAGAAGAUAAUUAAGCUGGAAUACGACUUCCCUGAAAAAUUCUUUCCAAAGGCUAAAGACCUAGUAGAAAAACUUUUGGUUAUAGAUCCUACUAAACGAUUAGGCUGCGAAGAGUUGGGAGGCUACGGACCUCUAAAAGCACAUCCAUUUUUUGAGACCGUUACAUGGCAAGAUUUGCACCUGCAAACUCCACCAAAACUUACAGCAUAUUUACCGGCAAUGUCUGAAGAUGACGAGGAUUGCUAUGGGAAUUAUGAUGACCUCCUGAGUCAGUUUGGCUGCAUGCAGGUAGCAACCUCAGCGUCUUCCCCUUCGCUGGCACCUUUAGAACCUCUUCUUUCUCAGAGGUGUGGCAGUAACAUAGAGCAAUACAUACAUGACCUUGAUAACAAUUCAUUUGAGCUUGAUCUCCAGUUCUCUGAAGCAGAGAAGCGACUACUUCUGGAGAAGCAAGUGGGAGGAAAUCAGUGGCAUCAGUUUGUAGAAAAUAAUUUAAUUGUAAAAAUGGGUCCAGUAGACAAAAGAAAGGGUUUAUUUGCUCGUCGGCGCCAACUACUCCUCACAGAAGGUCCACAUUUAUAUUAUGUAGAUCCUGUAAACAAAGUGCUGAAAGGCGAGAUCCCAUGGUCACAAGAACUGCGCCCAGAGGCUAAGAAUUUUAAAACUUUUUUCGUACACACACCAAACAGAACCUAUUAUCUAAUGGACCCAAGUGGAAACGCUCACAAAUGGUGCAAAAAGAUCCAGGAAGUGUGGCGACACAGAUACCAGAACCAUCAGAACAGUGGCAUAUAGCAGUCAGUGCUUCUCCUUGGUGUCCUCUAAGCUUCCCCUCUUGCUGCUAGAAAGUCCCUGACACAACAGAUGAGCUUUACACAGCAGAGCAGAAGAAAAGCCCUUCGCCCAUCUCUCAGCCACCAUCGUCAUACAUCUAAUAUUUAAAUGGAAAUAGCAAAACAAAGAACAUUUAUGGAAUUCAGGGUUGCUUUGCGUCUUCUCUGUACCUCCGUUGGGUUCCAACAUGCAUAUCAUUGCGCUGAGCAUCUUGCUUUUUCUGCAGAAUCCUUUGCAAACUAGUGAGUAGGCCUCGCUAUGCCAGCUUCACUUACAGUUGGUAGAACCACAAAUCCUUGUAUGCACAUGUAUACCGACACACCACAUACAGUAAUCCGUGGCACUCUCCUGAUUUUCUCUUCCUCUUAGUAAAUCAGGAGGAUGUUGGAGCUGUUCAACUUUUGCAUUGUUGUAAGCAGUAGCAAACGCUACCUUCCAACCACAUGGAGAGUAUAAUUGCUCUGCAAAGAUUUUAACUUAUUUUUAUUCCGCUAUUUCCUGUAUGUGGCACAUCCAGUAAGGUUAAACACGUUCCUUGUUACAGGGAAUUGGUGGUACCUUCAAACCAGUGGCAUCAGGCGGCAGGGAAAGCAAACUCCUGAUCUUUGCACUGAAUAUACCUGUUUUUUUUUUUUUCUUUAAAACACCCUACAAUUCAGUUUUUAAUAUACUUUGCAAGCACACUUUUUAUUACUUACAAAUGCUGGUGCUUUUCUUAGCAUCACUAGAUUAGAAGUCAGUUGUCCACUGAAAAUAUGCACUUUGUGGAUUUUAAUACAUUUAGCAACUGUUCUAUUAAACAUAAAAAGAGAGUUCUACUGACGGCAUUUAGGGCUGCCUACAAAACAAUGUUUUAGUAUAGGGUUGUAUCAGGUUGCUGUACCUGCUGCUAUUUCAAUCCUUUUUUUUUUUUUUUUUUUUUUUUACUUUACAAGUUAACCAGGCCACAAAAUCGAUCACAGACCAUUGAAUUCUAGGAAAUACUUAUGGUACUUAUGUCAUAUCCAGGAUAUUGGUUUUAUUACCUGCAUCUUUUUUGUGGUCAGAAACAUUUCUGUGCUUAAAGGAGAAACGAAGCAUUGUCCGCACCUGAUGAAGUAUUGAUUCCUAAUAUACAAAUUAUAUAUCUAUAUAUUUAUAUAAAUAUAUAGAUAUUUAUAGAUACAAAAUAUAGUGAUGAGAGCUCACGGUGAAUACCAGUUGGUGCUUAAUUGUCCAGUUUUUACAAAAGGAUAAUCUGCUUCUGUGUCUGCUGAAUCCUUAACAACAACGCUGUCCCUUUACCACUUUGAAAGCUGGAAGACAAGGUGGCACUUAAGUGGGGGACAGUCAACUGCUAUUGCCCCAACCCCUCGUUAAAGUUGCUUGUGGUCAAAACAGUUUGGUGUUUUGCCUGUCUGUACCUUCAUAUCAUAGCAAAUGCUUGUGGUGAGACUACUUUAGUGAGGGCACCUUUAGUAAAUCUGCCUUAGUACAUUUUGUCUCUGACCCAAAACUUUGUUUAGAAUGUGACACUGCAGCUCACGGUGACUUCAAUAAAAAACAAAAACCUCUGCUACCCACACCCAUGAAGUAAUUUAUGUCCUGCACCUAGUACACAAACGUGUCUGGUCGGCUGUGUGUGGAGAAUACUGUUGAAAAACCUCUUGACCAUGCUCUAGGUAUCAUGUUGUGUCCGCUAAAUGCAUUUAUUUGGUGGCAGUGUUUCAGUACUGCUGUGUCUAGUUACAGAAUUAAAAUUAAAAAAAUUAAAUUAAAAACAAGCUUGAUAGUAGUAAAUGUUAGCUUUUUUUCAGGUUGGUGGCAGUUGGUUAUAAACAUGUUUUUUUUUAAUUCUCUACCUGGUUUGUAGCUGACUGUGAUGUACAGGCGAAGCUUAAGAACUGAAAAUAAAAAAAACUUACUAAAUGGAAACUGUACCCAUGGCUGUUCCAUUUAUUCACCAGAAGGACUUUGGUAGUAACCUUUAAAGGGGUGGUUAACCUUCAAGUUAACUUUAGUAAGUUAUAGAAUUCCCUACUCCUAGCAACUUUGCAGUUGGCCAUUAUUUAUCUUUUAUAGUUUUCGUCUACAUCCAGCUUUCAAAUAGAGGUCACUGACCCCGGCAGUUACUAUUGUUACUUAUUAUUCCUUAUCUUUCUAUUCAGGCCCUAUCCUAUUCAUAUUCACGUUUCUCAUUCAAACCUCUGCCUGGUUGCUAAGGUGAACAAGACCCUAGCAACAAGAUAGCUGCUAAAAUUCCAAACUGGAGAGCUGCUGAACAACAAGCUAAAUAACCGGAAAACCAUAAAAAUUAAAACCAAUUGCAAAUAGUCUCAAAAAAUCAAAGUCUAUAUCAUAUUAAAACUUAAUUCAAAGAUGAACAACCCCUUUAACGAAGCAAAAACCUGUCAGAACCAUUCCGGUUUGGUCUGUUGCUAGGUGAGGGCUAAUGCUUUCUGGUAAAUAAAUGGACUCACUUCUGCCUGUAGGUGUGGUCUCCUUUUAAAACAAAUAAUGCAAUGAUAGGAUAUUCACUUUUGUAUUUUUAUUCUUAUAUAAGGUUAUUUGGUGGCUAAUUGUUGGCCUCUAGUUCAGUCUGUGUUAUUUAAAUUCUAAUAUAUGAAUUAUUUGGAUUGAAUUCAUGUUCCGGGCCAUGUUGUUGUAUGUAUUCAUGUACAGCCAUGAAUGUGAAUAAUUAUUGUAAACUAUAUUUUACAACUUUUUUUUCUGGCUUUAUUAUAUAAAUUUUCUAUUUGGUCAAUGAUUUAAUCAUAUUUCUCAUAAUUUAAUGAACCUGUUUCUUCUUUUCAGAUAUUUGUGCCCCUAGAUGUAGUUACUGAAUGAGGAUUUUUUUUUCACAUAUGCUCGAUUUAGUCUUCUAAUAAAAGGCAUGUAGGGUUAUAGGUGUA